AGGGGGAGGGGGAGGAGAUACAGAGGGGGUCCUUGCUCCUUACUCUGUGUCCGGGUUUAGAGCUUUUCAAAGCUGUCCCGUGGAGCCAGAGUGCCUUUUGUCUGCUGAUACGAUCAGGGAGCUGCAGGAAGUGGAGGAGCAUGAGAGAGUUUUUCUGUCAGCCUCGGCGCUCGGUGCUGCUCCCCUCAAGGAGACUUGAGCUGGGCUAUCUGUUUCCAUCUCUUCUGCUGCACUCCAACAGGCCAGGCUGUUCACCAUGAAGGGCACGGGGCCAAUUAGAAGAUGUCGGUAGAUGCGUUUGGAGCUGGACCCUGCGAUGCCCAGCAGACCCUGCAGUCCUUUUGGCCUCGAGUCAUGGAGGAGAUCAGGAACCUGACCAUAAAGGAUUUUCGUGUGCAGGAGCUUCCCCUGGCUCGAAUCAAGAAAAUCAUGAAGCUGGAUGAGGAUGUCAAGAUGAUCAGCGCCGAAGCUCCGGUCCUGUUUGCCAAAGCCGCUCAGAUCUUUAUCACGGAGCUCACCCUGAGAGCGUGGAUCCACACCGAGGACAACAAGAGGCGUACACUACAGAGGAACGACAUUGCUAUGGCAAUAACAAAGUUUGACCAGUUUGACUUCCUGAUUGACAUCGUGCCCCGGGAUGACCUCAAGCCCCCUAAACGACAGGAGGAGAUGCGUCAGUCAGUAGCGCCUGCAGAGCCGGUGCAGUACUACUUCACCUUGGCCCAGCAGCCCGGAGCCGUGCAGGUGCAAGGCACGCAGCAGGGUCAGCAGGCUGGAGCGCAGACCGCCACCACCAUCCAGCCCGGACAGAUCAUAAUCACCCAGCCGCAGCAAGGACAGAUGUUGCAAGGUGCCACCAUGCAGCAGUUACAGCAAGUGCAGGUGCAAUCACAAGGCACACCCAUCACGAGCGCGCCCGUCGCCAUGCAGGUGGGCGAGGGCCAGCAGGUGCAGAUUGUUCAAGCUGCCGCAGCCCAGGGUCAAGCUCAGACGGCUCAAGCUCAAGGCCAAACCAUGCAGGUCAUGCAGCAGAUCAUCACCAACACAGGAGAGAUCCAGCAAAUCCCGGUGCAGCUAAAUACAGGCCAACUACAGUACAUCCGUCUAGCACAGCCCGUCUCUGGAGCCCAGGUGGUGCAGGGGCAGAUUCAAACUCUGGCAAACACGCAGCAGAUCACGCAGACUGAGGUGCAGCAAGGACAACAGCAAUUCAACCAGUUCACUGAUGGACAGCAGCUGUAUCAGAUACAACAGGUGACGAUGCCGGCGGGACAGGAACUGACCCAGCCCAUGUUCAUCCAGUCCACCAGCCAGACAGGAGAAACGCAGGUCACGCAGGUCAGCACCGACUGAGUCCAACCCGGAGCCUUUCUCUGCAACAAGUAACAGCAAGCUCACCAGCCUGUCUGAUGCCGACAGACGUCAUCAACUUCAACAAGAGACGCUCUGAUAUGAUAUUUGGAAGAACCGCAGAUUUGAAAUGAGGGACCGGGGAAGUUGCAACAAAGCUCAUGUUUUCUAAUAAAUUUAGUUCAUUGGAUUGAAAACCAAAGGGACGCUGUUAGACUCCUAUCAGAAUUGGCAUUUUAUUCAGACUUUGAGCAGUUCUCUUUUUGUACUUUUGUCUCUGACAUCACAUUGGGAAAAAAAAAAAAAUUUAUUUAAAACCGAAGGCCUGAUUUCUGCAUUUUCUGGACUGCAAGAAUUGUGUGAUGUAAAUUUGGUCACUUGUGUAAGCCCAAAGUGGACCUUCAGUCCAGAAGCUGAUUUGAUGCACUUAGAGUUUACAAGAGCCAUGCUGUCAUUGUAAAACGGGGGAAAAGUGACUGUGACGUAUAAGUAGUGUACACAAAAAUACAUGCAUGUUGGCAAGGUCCCAGACGGUUUGUGUGCAGGGGAACCAAGCAGCAGCCUCAGUUUCUUUCCAUCAUAACAUAUCUGAAUGUUGAAGAAACAGGGAAGUUUUGCUGCCUUUUCAUUUUCACCUGGAAGUUAACUGGGAAAAAAAAAUCUCUGUAUUUGUAAUGUAUUUUUGGCUAGACAUAUCCCUUCACUCUGUGUUUUCUUUCAAGUAGUUGGAUGAAUUGAAGCCAUAUACCUCAGAUAAGGUUUAAUUAUUUACUCUGUUGGUUUAUUUCCCACAUUGAUGGAGCACUGCUUUCUUUUGUAAGGGCUUCAAACUGUGUAGGCUAGUGGUGUGUGUGUGCCCAGGUGAGUGUAUGCGUUUUGUGUUUUGAGCAUCCACACUCAAUGUUGCUCUUCCAGACUUUUUCCUCAUCUGGUCUGUAGAGCAGAGAACCUCCACUCUGCCUUUUUAUGCAUUUUUACCCAGUCCACUCCUACUGGGAGCUUUUCCCUCUUUUGUCUUGUGCCCUGCUUGAUGUCUCAUGUACAGACACAUGACUCCAUCUGGAGAAAAUACAACUUUUCAAGGUUUGCCCUCAUAACUUCCCCAUUAUCAUUUUUUUCUUUUGUACAGUAUAAAUAAUGUUUUUAUCCUUGUUGUUUUUGCAUGUAGUUUAAAUUGCCACCCUGGCAU